AUGCGCCACAGCGACGUAGCUGGUGCAGCUGCAACUUGUGCAUCUCCAAGGGAAGUUCAAACGUUGCUGCAUCCUGCCACGAACAGGAAACGAAGAAAUUAUGCCCGUGUCGACUCUGCUGCCCCAUCCAACAUGCAUUUCUGUCUGCAAGUGGGUCUUGGGGUGCUGUUGGUCAAUGCCAGUUGCAACAGAUCAAUGGCAGGCUGGGAGCGGAGAUGCAACAAUCGUGAGCAUGGACACUGA